CAUGCCAAGUGAUGAAAGAAUUGAAUGCGGUAAGGCAGUAAACGUUGCUGAACAAUGCUCAAAUUUAGGUUGUUGCUUCAAGUUAACAAGUACACCGAAAUGUUUUUUACCUGGAGGAGAAUUGGAAUUAAUUCCAGACGAUCCUAAUUCAGAUGCAGAGCUUGUUUACGUAUGGCAUCGUAAGUUGUUGACCAAUCCUGCUGCAGCUGUAAAGUUUAAAGUUAGAGGUAAAUACGUAUGGAUUAUAAACGAUAAAUCCCAGAAUUCCUUUUGCGAACGCACUCAAAACCAAAUUUCUCUUCAGAAACAAGAUAAUACUUUGUUAUCAGUUUUUCAAUUUAAUAACAGAGCCGUUUCGGUAUUUAGAUCACCUUUAAUUCCUGAAGAAGAUCUUUACCUUGGAUUAUACGGACACCUAAUGGUUGAUAAUGUCUGCGAAUUGGGAGGUCUGUCAUCGCCUGAGAGAUAUGAAACUUGUUAUCAGUUAAACUCGACAAAACAGCAAAAAUUUAUAUAUCAAAUCUAUCGACCAUAUUCAAAUAUGGUUCAAGUUGAUAUUACAGGUGAUAAUUUCACGUGCUCCAGUAGUUCGGAGUUGCCUUUCGUUGUUGUUUACGUACCGUCCGCGGAUCAAUACUUUAAAGAAAAUGACCUAUGGAGUGGAAUCUUUUAUCAAUGUUCACUAAAAUCAUCACAAACGGGAAAGUGUUCUUUCAAAUGUAGUUGCGGUUAUAGAUUAUGUAAAUUAAUCUAUAUUAAAUGGCUAUCCAAUUCAAAUUCAACUCAAAUGCUCAAUAUUGUUUCAGUUUGCGACAUAGAUGUUCAAAUCAUUUCACACUUGAGUGAAUUUUCAUAAAUAUUAAUAUUAUUAUUAUUACGUAAUUAAUAGUUUUAUUUCGUUUCGUAUAAUUGUAUUAAUUGAUAGUCUACUGCAAUACUGCAAAAAUCUCACAAUAAUAUUUUACGUAAUAGAGCCUAGUAGUCCGCACUUGACGAUAAAUGUUAAACAAUAAAACAAUAUAAUCAUUGAUUUUUAGCAUCCUUUUCUUUUCUACAAAAGAGAUAAUAACUCAAGAUUAUCUGAUAUAAGGAAUGAUAUAUCUAAUAUCUCGUUAAGAAUUCUAUCUUCUGAAAAAGUUUUACUUUCACUCUCUUGAAUGUCUACUGUUCCUGCUUAUUGAUACUGCUGCCACUGGGAGGUAGACCGUUCGCAUUACCGCUAGGAGGGAGUCCAUGCGCCUUUCCAGAUGGAGGUAAUGCUCGUACCUUGCGACUUGGAGGUAAAUUGUCUGUAUUACCGCUAGGAGGGAGUCCAUGCGCCUUUCCAGGUGGAGGUAAUGCUCGGAUCUUUCGAUUUGGAGGUGGAGAAAUUUCUAGAGCAUGGAUAAAAAACAUUGCAAAAGUUAGCAGCAAUAGAAUUUCCUCAAAACUCUUUAAAACUUUCAUAGUUUUUAUCGAUUUCAAGUUUGCUUUUCAGAGUUUAAUGUUUGAUGCUUCAAUGUGAUACUGAAAUCUUUCCACUAAUAUAGUAUUACAAUAAUGAAACUUGGCUAUUCUUCUUUUGUUGGAUCAGUAUUGACAAGGUCUUUCCCUAACCUUUUUUUCACAAAGACUAUUGACCCAUAGCAAAACGAGUUGAAAAGUUCACCGAUAGUUCAAUAUUAAUGAAAUCUCAUGAAUAAGUAUUAAAGGGUCGUUCAAAGUACAUUUUGCUGCCAUUGACAACAGUUCUACUGUAUUUAAACUAAAGUAGUUGAAUAAUUUCAUAGUAAUCAUUGUAGCAUUAAUGUAAUCUUUAUUGAAU